AUGUGUCCGAAUAUAACCUGUGGGUUGUCGGCAAGUGAAACUGUCCAAUAUGCCUUUGAGUCAUUGGCACCUGUAAUAUACAAUGGUGAUGAAUAUGGAUCAUCGAAUUUCGCAAUCAAACUUUUCUACUCAUCAUCAACCAAUCCAAUUAAUUGUUAA